AUGGGAUUUCGACACGAAUUGGUUGGCAUUCAUUACAUUCAAUAUAAGCACUGUUUGUAUAUCAAUGCAUAUGUACUGUAAGUUCAGUCAUAUAUAGGGACCGGUAUUAUGUAUUGUCCGUCAAAUUCAUUAUAAUUUUCAUUUAAUUUUUUAUUAAUAUCGAGUUUCCAUUGAUUUAACAUAUUAUUAGUCAAUAAAAGUUUAUUUAAUUUAAAUUUUUAUUAAUUAAAGUCUUGAUUUGUACGACAAAUGUAUUCAUUAAGAGUUUCAUUGAAUGUAUUGACAGUAAUUGUGCUAACAUUUAGCCAAACGUGUCAUUCCUUAUACGACAAGAGUUCAGAUGUGAUUGAAUUGAAUCCCAAUAACUUCGAGAGUCGGGUCACCGAUUCGGAUGAUAUUUGGAUCGUAGAGUUUUUUGCCCCGUGGUGUGGACACUGCAAAUCAUUGGUUCCCGAGUAUACAAAAGCUGCCAAAGCACUUAAAGGUGUCGUUAAAGUCGGUUCAGUCGAUGCAGAUCAACAUCAGUCUCUGGGAUCCAGAUUUGGUGUCCGAGGGUUUCCCACAAUUAAGAUAUUCGGUGCAAACAAAAAAAGUCCGGUUGACUAUAGCGGUCCGCGAUCUUCUGCUGGACUGAUAGACAGUGCCUUUAAAGAGUUGAGGAAAGUAGUUGACAGUCGAGUUGGUGGUGGUUCUGGUGGCGGAUCAUCGGGCAGUGGUCGUAAACAAGCGGACAAAAAAGAUGUUAUUGAAUUGACUGAUUCCAACUUCGAAGAAAAAGUUUUGAAUAGUAACGACUUAUGGUUAGUUGAAUUUUUUGCUCCGUGGUGUGGACACUGUAAGAAUUUAGAACCGAUUUGGGCCGAAGCGGCCACUGAGCUUAAGGGCAAAGUCAAAGUGGGAGCUCUCGAUGCAACCGUUCAUACCGUGACUGCCGGCAAAUAUAAUAUUAAAGGUUUUCCGACAAUCAAAAUAUUUUCGCGCGGAGAGGUUGAAGAUUAUGAGGGCGGGCGAGCCGUUAACGAUAUCAUUAACACAGCUCUCGACAAACUGUCUGAAAACGCACCGCCGCCUGAAGUGAAACAACUGAUUAAUGAAGAGUCCCUUAAGAUCUGUGAAGACCAACAAUUGUGUGUCAUUUCAGUAUUACCUCAUAUUCUUGAUUGUGAUGCCAAAUGUCGAAACGGUUUUAUCGACACUUUGAAGAAAAUUGGCGAGAAGUUUAAGAAAAACAAGUGGGCCUACCUUUGGAUCGAAGCUAUGGCACAACCAGAAGUCGAGGAAUCACUUGAAAUCGGCGGCUUUGGAUAUCCAGCUAUGGCUGUCGUUAAUGUCAGAAAAAUGAAGUACUCAUUACUUCGCGGCUCUUUUAGUUACGACGGAAUUAACAGCUUUCUGCGUGACUUAAUGUACGGCCGAGGAUCAAGUUCUCCCAUUAGAGGCGCCAAAUUACCGACCAUUCAAAAGACUGAAUCAUGGGAUGGAAAGGACGGACAGUUACCAAUUGUUGACGAAGAAAUUGAAAGCGAUAGCGGACAUCAAGAGUUAUAAUUAUCGAAACUUAUAUACAUAUUGUGAUCAUUUGCUUCCAUUACUAACUUUAAAGAGAGAUACGUACGACACGAGUAACACAAUUAUUCCUCUUUUAAAUUAUAU